UCCCCAUGUUCCCUUUUUCUCUCAAUAAGGAGGAAAGCGAAACCCCCAAAUAUCCAUUCUUUCUCUCUCUCUCUCUCUCUCUCUCUCUCUCUCUCCGUCUUCUUCCCCUGAGUAAAACUAAAAACCCCAGGAGGAGCAGCAGCAGCAGCAGCAGCAAAGCAAUGGCCGCCCCCUCCCACUCUCUCACUCCAUAAGCAAGCUAGAGCUAUCCCCAUUGAAAGAUGCAUUCCUCUUUUGCCCUUCCUUUCCAUUUCUAUUUCCCAAUUCCUUCCUGUCCUUCUCUCUCCAGAGCUCUCGUCGGCGCCAACCACACCUCCGCUCGCUUCUGCUCUCGUUAACGCCGCCUUCCUCUCCUUUCGUCUUCUACAGAUUUGGCCUUUUUUUUCUGAUAUAAAUUUUUUUCCCUUUUAUCAAAAUUUUACUACGAAAGAUACAAUUCAACAGUAAAAAGAAGAAAAAAAAACCCAAGCUUUUUUGAGUUUCUGUUUUGUGUAUAGUUACUGCUGCCAUGGAACCUACCUCAGGGAAGCCGAGCCUUUUGAGGAAUAUUCUUGCGCGGGCGCUUUUGUUUGGUGUUAUCGUCAUAGUCGUCCGAUUCGCUUACGUGGUCACGAUCACCGGCGAAUCCUGCAAUAUCGGCGACUUCUGCUUCUUCUCCUUGCCCCAGAAUCUCAACUUUGUCAUACCGGGUUCCGGUGCGGGAGUCUCCGCUGUCAUCGGAAACGACGCUGUUCCCCGAUCUAAUCCUCGCCGCGAUCUCUACACCAGCAAAGAAUGGAUCAAAGCUGUUCAUUUCUAUUCUUCGAUUUUCCAAGAUCUGGUCUCUGAGGGAUACCUCACGCCCCACUCCAAGUCUCUCUGCGUAGAGACUCCCUCCGGACAGGACGUUUUCGCCUUGAAAGAGAUUGGCGUCGAGGACUCCGUCGGGAUUUUUAAGAAAGCGGCCAAGCCUUUGGUAAUUAAAGGGGAGGGGCAUCUGAUUCCUUUUAAUGAUAAUACUUUUGACUUCAUAUUCUCCGGCGGGGCCCGCCUCGAUGUAUCGGCUCGACCGUCAGAAUUUGCAUCAGAGAUCGCUCGUACGCUGAAGCCGGAAGGGUUUGCGUUGGUUCACAUCAAAGCUAAUGAUACUUAUAGUUUCAAUUCAUUUCUUGAUUUGUUCAAUUCUUGCAAGUUAGUCAAAAUGCAUGGGAUUGAUGGUUUCGAUUCAUCAAUGCCUUAUAUUAGAGAAAUUGUAUUGAAGAAAGAGUUUGAUAUUCUUCACCAUGGGGACAGAAAGAUUCCCGAUGGUAAUUCUUAUAAUAAGUGCCCCGUUCCGGGGCACAAACGGGAAUUAGUCCAGAAGGCAGAGCCGCUGAUUGAGGAGGAGCCCUUAAAGCCGUGGAUUACCUUGAAAAGGAAUAUAAACAACAUAAAGUAUUUGCCAUCAAUGGUUGAUAUGAGUUUCAAGAACAGGUAUGUUUAUGUUGAUGUUGGGGCUAGGAGUUAUGGUUCUAGUAUUGGAAGCUGGUUCAGGAAACAAUACCCCAAACAGAACAAAACCUUUCAUGUCUAUGCUAUUGAGGCUGACAAACAUUUUCAUAAACAAUAUGAAUUGAAGAAGAAGAGAGUUACAUUGUUGCCUUAUGCGGCGUGGGUUAGGAAUGAGUCACUGUCUUUUGAGAUUAAUGGCGAUCCUGGCCAGGAAGAAGUGAACGAGCUUAAGGAUAAAGGCAGAGGGAUGGGCAGAAUUCAACCCGUGAAAUCGAGGCAAGGUGAAUUUACUGGUGAGGUGGAUGAGAUUCAGGGGUUUGAUUUUGCAGAGUGGUUGAAGAACACUGUUACAGAGAGGGAUUUUGUGGUGAUGAAGAUGGAUGUUGAAGGAACUGAAUUCGACUUGAUUCCGAGGUUGUUUGAAACGGGGGCAAUUUGUCUGAUUGAUGAGAUUUUUCUUGAAUGCCAUUAUAAUAGGUGGCAGAGAUGUUGCCCUGGUCAGAGGAGUACAAAAUAUGAGAAAAAUUACGGCCAAUGCUUGGAACUGUUUACUUCCCUUAGAAAAAGUGGAGUUCUUGUUCAUCAGUGGUGGUGACUGGUACCAAGUGCUAACUCUGCAUGUUCUGUAAUGUUGUUUUUUUUUUUCUUCCUCCCCCUUAGAGACCAUAGGUUUUUUCUUUUUCAUCAUUUUCAGGUUCCUUUUUUGUGUUGGUACAAUUCUUGUUCAGGUUCCUUUCAUUGUAAGAGAUGUAGCUGCAAAUCAAAAUUUAUCUUGUAGCUGCUUGUUUCAUUGAUCUUCAUUUAGGCCUGCAGGUGAUUUUUUGCAUGUGUAUGGUUUUAUUUUAUUACGUGUAGAAGCUGGCAGGUGAUUUCUGACUACCGGCAUCUA